AUCUCGGAGGGAAGAGGAGCACGAGAGGAGGCGGCAGCGGCGCCGAGACCGGCUGGGGAUCGCUCGCCUUUUCCCGCGGCUGCUGCUGCUGGUGGUUCUUCUUGGUGGGGGAUUCCGGCUCUGCGUGGACAGGAUGCGUUUCUUCCCCUGGGGAUUUUGGCUGCUGUGUGUCGCCGCGUCCUCCUCGGCCAAGAGCGACGGUGGCAACAAGGCAAAGAGCUGCUCCGAGCUCCGGCAACUCUAUGGGGCCAAAGGAUUCAGCCCGAACGGGGUCCCCCAGGCGGAGAUCUCCGGAGAACACCUGAGGAUUUGCCCACAAGGUUAUACCUGCUGUACCAGUGAGAUGGAAGAGAACUUUGCCAACAAGAGUAGGAGUGAAUUUGAAUGGAUGUUGAAGGAGGCCACGCGCUCAGUGCAAAUAAUCUUAACAGCCCAGUACAAGAACUUUGAUGGUUAUUUCCAGGAUUUGUUAAACAAGUCAGAGAAGGCCCUUUAUGACACAUUUCCUGCUAUGUAUGGAGACCUUUACCAGCAGAACAUAAAGCUAUUCAAAGACUUGUAUAGUGAGUUGCGCCGUUAUUACCGGGGUUCCAACAUCAACCUAGAAGAGGCUCUCCAUGAGUUUUGGACUCGUCUGCUAGAGCGGCUAUUCAAGUCUAUGAAUCCUCAGUACCACCUUCCUGAUGAGUACGUGGACUGCAUGAUGAAACACUCUGAGCAAAAUAAACCAUUUGGAGAGGUCCCAAGGGACCUGAAGCUGAAGGCGACAAGGGCCUUUAUUGCAGUCCGCUCCUUUGUGCAGGGACUUGGUGUGGGCAACGAUGUCGUCAGAAAGGUCUCUCAGGUUCCACUGAGCCAGUAUUGCAGUCGGGCAAUUAUGAAGCUGAUGUACUGUGCACACUGCCGGGGCAUGUCAAACGUGAAGCCAUGUAACAACUACUGCCGCAACGUCUUGAAGGGCUGUCUGGCCAACCAAGCAGACCUGGACCCUGAGUGGAAGAACCUGAUAGAUUCACUGCUCUUGGUGGCUGACCGCUUUGAUGCACCAUCCAACGUAGACAUAGUAAUUGGUACAAUUCAUACUAGGAUUGCAGAAGCCAUGUCUAACAUGCAGGACAACAAAGAUUCUAUAACAAACAAGAUCCUUCAGGGUUGUGGAAAUCCCAAAUUCAACCCCAAAGCUUCCAAUGUCGAAGAUAGGAAGAGGCGAGGAAAAUAUGUCAGUGAAGAUAAACCUUCGGGGCUCAGUUCGGAGAAACUUGUUUCAGACGCCAAAGGGAAGCUGAGGGAAAUCAGGGACUUCUGGCUUGCACUUCCAACCACACUUUGCAAUGAAAAGGUCUCGUCUGGUUCCGUGAAUGAGGACAGGUGCUGGAAUGGAAUGACCAAAGGCAGAUAUCUUCCGGACAUGAUGGGAGACGGUCUAGCAAAUCAAAUCAAUAACCCAGAAGUUGAGGUAGACAUCACCAAACCGGACGUGACCGUUCGCCAGCAAAUCUUGCAGUUAAAGAUUAUGACAAGUAGAUUGCGCAAUGCGUACAAUGGGAAUGACGUGAAUUUCCAGGAUACAAGUGACGACAUUAGCGGCUCUGGAAGCGGUGACGGCUGCCUUGACGAAGUCUGCGUCAAAAGACUGGCCAAGGUUCCAAGCACCAGGCCACCGGAGAUACAUCCUAUGCCUAAGCAGUCAGGACAAGGCAUCGGUGGAAAUAGCAGCAGCGUACUUUUGCCUUCUUCCUUUCUCUUGUUACUUUCUCUGGCUGCUGUUGCAACGCAGUACCUCCGGCGGUAACUUGUUGGUGCAGCCGUGAAAGAGACUGUGGUGGUUGUGGUCUUAACUUUGCCAAAAAUGUGGACAUAUUUCAUUCAUCUUGGCAAAAUGAGGGAGUUAAAAGUUCUUGAUUGUGAUAACCUGGCAGUGCUAGAACUGGUGGUUUUUUUAUUUUGGUUUUUUUUGGUCUUUUUUGAAUGCUGGGCCCUUCUUUCUGUACCUCAUUUUUUAAAAAGUUGUUAAUUUGCCACAAAGAGGCACCUGGGGGCUACAACAGAUCUUGGCAGAUAGGUUUAAUGGGGAAAAGAACAAAUGACCCUCAAGGCGACUCCAUUUUUAUUGACUGUAAUAAAAUAUGCAAGUAUCUCGUAUUCUUAUUUAACUGUAGCCAGGAGUCCGCUACAUCACUUUAGAACAAUAUACCUUUUUAAUUUAAAGAUUUUCAGAGUGCUGUAAUAGGGGUCAGUUCUUAAUUCUCCAUUAAGCAAGUGGCAAAUGGUCCUUCCUUUGCUUUGAUGUAGGAGUGCCCGUUCUGAACAAUCCUUGGAUUUAUAAUCCUGGAAUUUGAAACAAAAAUUCUUUAAUUUGAAAAUAUUUUUGUCUGCUAGCGUUAGACAUUGAAGCCAGCUGAUAUUUCUCCUACAUCCAAGUGAAAUGGAGUGAGAUUUCGGUUUGGCAUGAUCCUUUGAAAGUAGCAGUCAAUUGAUAAAAAUGCAAUACAGAGUCAUAAUAUGCAACAUUGCGAUAGAAAUAUGCAUGGGGGAGACAGACGUCUGUCUGGAGAGCUCUGUUUCAGUUUGAGGCUGAAAAUCUUCCUAUUAUUAACUAUGACAAUGGUCAACUUUUACCAAAGGGAUAAUGCAAAGAAACUGUUUUGUGAGGUUUUGUGUAUUGUUACUUGUCCUGUUAGCAAAGCCUGAAAGGGACGAAUUGACCAGCCCAGGGAGCAGUUAGACACAAUCAUAUUACCCCUGGAAAUUUGCUUGGUCAAAUCAUUAGAUUUUCAAGGAACUGCUGGUCCUUCAGCCUGCUCCCAGUUCUACCAAUUAUGGAAAGCUAGAAAGAGCAAGCAGAUCAAAGCCAUGGUUUGAGUUAUCAAAUCAACCAAACACUAUCCCAUUUCAUCUCAUGUUGGCAUAGUUAAUGCCCAUGCGGUCUAGCCAUUAUAGAGGCUAAAAGUGAUGAGGCUGCUCAUCCCUUUUGCUAAUUUUCUGAUUGUUGCUGUGUAUUUGCCAGGGAUCAUGUCUGAUAUCAAGGUGAUUGGGAUGCGGGGGAAGAAAGGAUGGCCAACCACAGGUCUACACAAACACAUACACAUGUAUUUCUCUGUUGGGGCAUCUGUGCUUACACAGUUCUUUGCUUGCUUCAGGUCAUUAAGGUGUAAUUGACCUACAGUCAUCUUUUCCUCUCUUUUCCAAAAAUAUCUAGCAUAUCAAGGCUAGAUUUGAUUGCUGUUGCUAUUGAUUUGAUUGAUAGGAAGCCCUUGACAUGAACUUUGCUGUUAAUUUACUUUGUUUCAUAUCAUGACUUUCUUUUUCGGGGGCAGGGGCUGUAAAAGCAUAUUUUUUACAUUUAAAAAUAUAUCGGCUUUGCGUAAAUGUUGAAACAUUUCUAUUCUGUCAAAGAAAAUUUGUUGUGUUCCCUAAACAGCAGCGUUCAGAAAGGCAGAAGCUGUUAUCAAUUGUGAAACAAACUCGGUUACAAACUAGGGAACCAUUUCUAGCACCGUGGCAUCAGAAAUGGUGAAACGGUGAAUGCAAACAAAUUAAUUCAGUUGAAUUAUCAUUCCCAUUCUUGCCCCUAUUUGUUUCUAUACAAAACUGGGAGAAAUUAGUUUCCUAAUCACCCCAAUCAGUAUUAGAGGCUGCCAAUAGCCUGAGUCCUGAAAACACAAUAUCGAAGUCUGGUGCCAGCAUGAAUUCUUUGUUUUGAAACACACCCGCUUUUGCACACAUUAUUUUAAAUCCCUUGUGAGUUGAACAAUACCCCCAUCCGUUUUCAUUAUUGAGUUAAUCAAUCUGAUACAUUUAUUUUUGUUUUCAGCUAUACCGUUCUUAAAAUAAAUCUGAAUACAAAUGAGGCAUGAAAAUCAAAUAUCCUGCCUCCUUUGAAUGUAAGUUCAAAUGCCAGAAAAAGUGGAGUACCUCAUUCAAAUAGUGUUGUAUAUGUAGCCUUCUGUUGGUAAAAAUACUGAUAUAAACUACUAUACACAAUGCAGGAGAAAAUAAAAUAGUUGCUAUUUCCUUCCCAACUGAAAAUCUUCUGCCAUCGUGUUGGAAAGCUGUAAACUCAGAGUCCAGGGGCCCAUUUAAGAUUCAAACUAUGUGUGAUACCCGUAGGGAUUCGCGAAUCUACAAAACUCAAGUUCACCAAGUUUGCAACGUUCAUCUCAACUCAAGUCCAUAUCAGAUUGUGAACUUUUUCCUUUUUUUUUGCUUUUGGCAUGAAAAUCUAUGCGGAUUUUUGUGCACAUUUUUCCAAAUGUAGGUAUCACUUGUGUGCAUCUUUGAAAUGUAUGCAUUCUUCUCCCAUUGAUUAAUGCAUAUUUGUGCUCAUUUUUCAAAAGUAUGCGUUUUCCAUGCACAUUUUUCAAAUGUACGCAUGCUGCGAAACUUUCUUUUUUUUUCAGUUCGUAAAUCACAAUGCAAGCUCAAGACUUCAAUCACAGAUUGCAUCCAAGUCUGUGUUUGGUCCACAAGGUGCGAACUGAGUUGAUCCAGAUUUUUAAAAAAACUGAAAUGAAUUUCUCAUACAACCAAGAUACUGGCUCUGUGUUGGUUUUAAAAAAUCUUAGGCCUGCCCAAAUUACAUCUAAAAUGGAAAAUGGCAGGAGGGUGAAAUUGUUAGAGCCAAAAGGGUAUGUAGAUGAGGACUGAUUACCCUCCCUCCAUGCCCCCAUUUCCCCCCCCAUAGUCUGCCCCCCUCACCCCCACACAUGUUUUUCACAGCCAAGUUCAGUUCCAGUAUGAGCCCAGCUGAGAAAAAAGUGACAUUAGGGAGAGGCUUCGGAGACAUAUGCCAAAAGCAGGGAGGUUUCGGACCCUGUCCUCACAGCCACCCUUUUCUUUAAAACCUGUACACCAACCCGAUCCCAAACAAUUGGGCAGACCCAGCUAUUGCCCCAUGUAGUUUGAGCCUAAGUGUCUUGGUAAGUGCUGUAUCUCAUGUUCAUGGGAUCUGAAUUUUUUUUUGGUGGGGGUGAUUUAGUUUCCUUUUGUUACCAAGAUGGCAGUGCUCCCUUUGAAUGUUCAGAAGUACUGUGCCAUAGGGUAUUAUGAUGGGUUUAGUUAUCGGGCAAAGGAACUUAAUACCCAGGCCCCUUGCAAAACUGUCAACCAGAAACCAGAGUCGUGGAUGUACAGCCUAUUCUUUUGUGCCAUAAUGUCUGUUUCAGCAGAGGGAGGGGGGCAAUAGAGGCUUUAAAAGCACUGAUAUUUAUCCUUUACAAAUGACAAACAACCUGUUCUUUUCUGGUGGGCUUGUUAGGGAGUUAAGGUACAAAUAUAUCCAGAUUACACCUUGGCUUAAAGAACAACGCAGUUGUAUCUGCAAAACUAAGAUUUAUUUCAGUUAUUGGCAUACUUGGCCAUUUAUAUAUUUCUUUUGGUUACCAAGGUACUUGUAACUAUCUUGCACUGUUGAACUAUGUUCUUUGAAUCCUUCUAUAAAUAAAAAAGGCUGGAGACUUAAA